AUGCCUUUGGCUUGCUGGAAAAGGAGUGCUCAUUGGCUAAUGCUUCAUAGUUUUGCUGAACGUGCUGUCCUGCUGUUCCCGCUGUUUGUUACGUGGAAGAUUGGCCGAGAUAAACGAUUACGUGGAUGCAUAGGUACUUUUUCUGCCAUGAACCUGCAUUCAGGACUCAGGGAGUACACACUUACCAGUGCCCUUAAAGAUAGCCGUUUCCCCCCAAUGACAAGGGAGGAGCUGCCCCGGCUAACCUGCUCAGUGUCUCUGCUCACUAACUUUGAAGAUGUCUGUGAUUAUUUGGACUGGGAGGUGGGCAUACACGGCAUUAGAAUAGAGUUCAUCAAUGAAAAAGGAUCCAAGCGUACCGCCACCUACCUGCCAGAGGUCGCAAAGGAGCAAGCCGGCUGUGAGAGUGCCAUUGAAGGUGCUUCAAAACAGGCCCAUCUUCGUUACUCAAGAGCAGCAUUCAGUGUGCUUGGACGGUGGUGUUCGUUAAAAGAGACAGCUCCAACCAGCCUUUUUGAUUUCACAAGUCAAAUAGAAGAAGAACCAGGAGAAAAGCCAUUUCGAAACCCUUAG